GCGCUUUAUGAAAAAGAAAAAGCCGAGACGGAAAAGAUCGAAGCGCUGAAGCCCGAAAUGAUUCAGAAAAGUGCUAUGAGCGAACAGGCGAAAAAUGUUACUUUGCAACUAACAGCUUUGAGCAACAACAUGACGAUAACAAACGAAGAAGAAGCAAAUGAAUACGCAGCUUUGAUGAGCAAAAUGCCACCGGAUGUUCAGGAGCAAGUCUACGACUUCAUGCUUUCUGUGAUGAAACCACUUCAGUGA